CAACCGGCCCGCAUCAGAGAGUAAUCCACUGGUGUUUAUUUUUAGAAGCUCUCGGCCGCUGCGUGUACACUCGUUCAACACACUCCCCAUGUUCCUCCGGUCAAUAAUUUAGACGCUGUAGGUCUGCCCUGCAGCACAGAGUCACAGAGCAGGCUGCUACAACUCUGCGCUACAGGACGCCUAGAAAAAAGAAAAGCCACAGGGUGCACCGCCCGCCGAGCGAUGCACCCAAAAACCAUAAGCCAGCAAAACGGUAACCAAGGAGCCACAUCCGUGAGGAAGCCCUCCGGCUCUCAGACAGCCCAGCCAGGGGCCGCCAUGACCACAGAGUACCAGGAGAGGUUUCUUUGCCCUCACGGCCACGAGGCCGUCAUCUCAAGCUCAACACAGAAAGACCCUAACCAUCCACUGAAGGAGACGAGUGACGACAUGACCACUAUUAGAUCAUACUAUGUGACCCAAAAAUGGAUAAAACAUCCCCCAAAGGCCCCACAGCCAUCUUUGCCCCCCAAAGACAACAGAUGCAGCAGCGCCACACAAAAUCAUGUACACCUUGUAGUGAACCAGUUGGCAUCCAAGUUGGAGGACUACACAACAGUGUACCAAAAGGAUUUCCAAGCAUGGAAAGUAAACAAGCGAAAGCCAUUUAAACUGGCUGACAGCUUGAGAGCCAACGAAGGAUUAGGUGCCACAGACAACGCAUCCAAAGAAGGCCACUCCCAUGAACCACAACCUUUUGAAAGCGUCACCAGCUACAGAUUUGAUUAUGUCAAACAUCCAGUGCAGCCUAGGACACGCACGGAGAAGCCUGUGUGCCAAACCAAAGGCCUGCCGUGUCAGGCUGCUGUGCCCCCGAAGCCAAAGGUGGCUCGGGACAUGAAACAAGAACUCUCUGACGAAGCCAGGGAAUUCUUUCAGCAAUUCAAGACCUGGUCCCUUGAAAACAAGUUCCACGGCCAAGGCAAAGCCAAAAAAUCCAGUCCACCGGCAGAUCACGACGACUUCCUCUCCACAACACACGCAGACUACACGGCACACAAGUGCCAGCGCACCAAACCGUUCCUGCCGUCUAAGCAAACCAUGGAGAAAAGCAAGGAGCCCUUUCAGGCAACGACUACCAUGAAGGAGGAUUACAAAACUUGGAACACACCGCGGCGCUUCCCCAUUGUCCGUAAAGCAGCGAUGGACUGGCCCAGUAGCCUUCGUCCCAAAGUGAAUGAGACUGCAGUCUGUCAUUCCAACUGUGAUGCCACCACUCAGGUUUCCUGCUUGGAACGUAUCUCCAAUGGGAAUGAAGAAUCCAGGAUGUACUGGACCACCUCUCUGGACAAAGGGGUGACUUGGGCCGACAGUGGAAUUUGUGAGGACCCCCCCGACCAAAUACUCGGCUGCAUGGUUUUAAGCAGAAGCUAAGCUUUCCUAGAGACCAGGCCGAUGACGAGAUGCGGGCUGCCACCCAUCACCUCGAGCAGCUUCUGCCUUCACACCAAUAAAAAGCCAUAAAGCAUACUGAGAUUAUGUAAUGGCAGCUAUUUUUA